CCACCCCCGCCCCGCCCGGAGCCGCCGGGCGGCCAUAUUGCGGAGCUGUCUGCGGCGGCGCCUCUGCUCUCCGGCCCGGGCUCCUACCGCGCGUCUCCCUCCCUCCUGCCGCAGCCGCGACGCCCGGCCCGCGCUCUGCGCCCCGCCGCGCUCGGGUGGAGGACCGCUCGCCGUGGGACGGUCACAAUAGGAUUUAUAGAAGUGAAGAAUUUUUAAAGAAGGUGACAAAAAGAGAAGGAAAAUGCCGAAACCAAUCAACGUGAGAGUAACCACGAUGGACGCUGAGCUGGAAUUUGCCAUCCAGCCCAAUACAACUGGCAAACAACUUUUUGACCAGGUGGUGAAAACAGUUGGUUUGCGCGAGGUCUGGUUUUUUGGGCUGCAGUAUGUGGACAGCAAAGGUUAUUCUACAUGGCUUAAACUAAAUAAAAAGGUGACACAGCAAGAUGUUAAAAAAGAGAAUCCUUUACAGUUCAAAUUUAGAGCUAAAUUCUUUCCUGAAGAUGUUUCUGAGGAAUUAAUUCAAGAAAUAACCCAGAGACUCUUCUUCUUGCAAGUUAAAGAAGCUAUCUUAAAUGAUGAGAUCUAUUGCCCACCAGAAACUGCAGUCCUUCUGGCUUCCUAUGCUGUACAAGCCAAGUAUGGAGACUAUAACAAAGAGGUUCACAAACCAGGCUACCUGGCUAAUGAUAGACUCCUCCCCCAGCGUGUUUUGGAGCAACACAAAUUGACAAAAGAGCAGUGGGAAGAAAGAAUACAGAACUGGCAUGAAGAACAUAGAGGAAUGCUAAGGGAAGAUUCUAUGAUGGAAUACCUGAAGAUUGCACAAGAUCUAGAAAUGUAUGGAGUCAACUAUUUUGAAAUAAAAAAUAAAAAAGGAACUGAAUUGUGGCUAGGUGUUGAUGCUUUGGGUCUCAAUAUUUAUGAGCAUGAUGACAAGUUAACACCUAAAAUUGGUUUUCCCUGGAGUGAAAUCAGAAAUAUUUCAUUUAAUGACAAAAAGUUUGUUAUAAAGCCAAUCGACAAAAAGGCACCUGACUUUGUUUUUUAUGCGCCUCGUCUGAGGAUCAAUAAGCGGAUUUUGGCCUUAUGUAUGGGAAACCACGAACUGUACAUGCGGAGAAGGAAGCCUGAUACUAUUGAAGUGCAACAGAUGAAGGCUCAGGCUAGGGAGGAGAAACACCAGAAGCAGUUGGAAAGGGCGCAAUUAGAGAAUGAAAAGAAGAAAAGAGAAAUAGCAGAAAAGGAAAAGGAAAAAAUAGAACGUGAAAAGGAAGAGCUAAUGGAACGUCUAAGGCAAAUUGAAGAACAGACAUUGAAAGCCCAGAAAGAACUAGAAGAACAGACUCGAAAAGCUCUGGAAUUAGAACAGGAACGAAAACGAGCAAAAGAAGAGGCAGAAAGGCUGGAAAAGGAGCGUCGAGCUGCCGAAGAGGCCAAGUCAGCUAUAGCUAAACAAGCUGCGGACCAGAUGAAGAAUCAAGAGCAGCUGGCAGCAGAACUUGCUGAAUUCACUGCCAGGAUUACACUUCUAGAAGUAGCCAAGAAGAAAAAGGAAGAGGAAGCUAAUGAGUGGCAACAAAAAGCAUAUGCAGCACAGGAAGACUUGGAAAAGACCAAAGAAGAGUUAAAAAGUGUGAUGUCUGGCCCCCCUCCACCUCCACCUCCACCAGUCAUUCCUCCAACAGAAAAUGAACAUGAUGAACAUGAUGAGAAUAAUGCUGAAGCUAGUGCUGAAUUAUCAAGUGAUGGGGUAAUGAACCAUAGAAGUGAGGAGGAACGUGUAACAGAAACACAGAAAAAUGAGCGUGUUAAGAAGCAACUGCAGGCAUUAAGUUCAGAAUUAGCCCAAGCCAGAGAUGAAACUAAGAAAACACAAAAUGAUGUUCUUCAUGCUGAGAAUGUUAAAGCAGGCCGUGAUAAGUACAAGACUCUGCGACAGAUUCGACAAGGCAAUACAAAGCAACGUAUUGAUGAGUUUGAAGCAAUCGUUAGGAAGACUGGAAGCAAGUAUGUCAUCCAGAUUACUGGUAUGUCUGCAGGUGGGGACCCAAACUGUACGCAUUCUUCCAGAUCCGUUCUUGCCAAAACAGCAUAAAGCAAAUGUAACAGGAAGAAGGCUCCCUCCUUCACUAGGUCCCUGGCAUCUGACAUAUGGCGAGCUUUGGGAUACAGACUUACCAAGACAUGCCUGAUGUUCUGAAUGUGAAUACCCCCCACCCAAAGCCAGAAGCUCAGCUGGAUGGGCACGUGUCCUGAAACCAGGGCUCUUACAGAGGGUUCUCUCCACAUCUCAGUUUACUGUUGGUUUCCCUUUCUUGUUAUCCUCUCUCUCUCCACACCCCUCUCAGCUGCCUUUCCUAGGGACACAUCUUGGAAAGAUGGGCCGGGACUGGAGGACUCUGCAUUGCUCCCGGCAGCCCUGAGCCAGCGUCUACUGCAUCCCAUCUCCAAAGCACCGUGCCCCAGGCGCGCUGGAAGGCACCAGCUUCUGAGAGCCCACUUUUUCUCUGCAUGACUAGCUUGUAAGGAGAGAGAGAGAGAGAGAGAGAGAGAGAGAGAGAGAGAGAGAGAGAGAGAGGAGAGAGGAGAGAGAAUUUCCAAGGAUUUUCCACUUUUUCAACAGCUCUGAUUACUUGCUCCCAUCUGUGAAAUCUGGAGACACUGAUGCAACAUUCCUCUUCCUGUCUGGGCUGUUUGUAUAAUUGUAUAUAAAUGUAGCAAUAAAUCUAUUCUAACAUCA